AGACAUAGCCCCAACGGCCCCGCAGCCUCAUCGCCCGCAUCCGGUUUGCACGGAUCAUCGGAAGGUGGCCAGGAAUCAUGGACCUAACAAUGGGUGCAUACGGAGGUGUCAAGAUGCCCGAGCCCCUUGACACUCCUCCGACCAUGCCUGGUACUCCGACCGAGGAGCUGCAAGACCAUCUCACCGUGGGCGAAUUGGCACGGCAGAUCAGUGCCUUGCCACCCUGUGCGGCACAGCUCACCUUGCGAGAAGCCGCACAGCUCUUGCUGUCUUCAGGUCAAGCGGCGGGCUGCGUCGUGGAUGAGAGCGGUGUGCCGGUGGGCGUCAUUACAGAAGAUGACAUCCUCCAGAGCUAUGUGCAGGGUGCCCCUUGGAACACCACCGUUGGCGAGUGGUUGCGCGGAGGCGGCGGCGCCCUCUUCGGCGAGCAGCGGGGCAGUCCCACUGCGCGGGUGGAGUCAGAACAGCCGGUCCAGUCCGCGCUGCCGGGGCUCCUGUGUCACCGCUCGCCCUUGCGCCGUGGGCGCUCGGCGCUGCUGGUGGAGCGGCAAGGGAACUACGCCGGUGGCGUGCUUUCCACCUUUGACAUCGUCCAAGCUUUGGCGCAGCGCGCCGGAGAGAACUUGGCAGAAGCCUUGAGGGCGAGCACCGUAGCUGACAUCAUGGAGCCCAUUGAGCAGGCGCCACGACUUCAAGUGGGCUUCACUAUGCGGGACUUGCUCCAGGAGCUGCUGCGCACGCCCUUGCGCGCCGCGCUGGUCCUGGACGAACAGGGACGCUUGGGUGGCCUCGUCACAGCGGCAGAUGCACUUUGGGCCUUCAACCAGCAGCUCUCACAGACUCUGGAUGCGUGGGGCCCCUUGUCUUUGAGGCCGAACCGCCUGGCACGGCAAAUUUGCGCGAACACGGCGCUCACCAAUGCUUGCAGUGCCUUUGAACCCACAGGCCGGCACCUCCUGGCCACGGAGCCGGAGACUGGUAGUGUGGUCGGCUUGGUGUCGCCCAAUCACGUGGUCGACCUGGGCCGUCGGAGGUCUAGGCCUGUCCCAGUGCCCAGCUGUGCUCCCGAGCUCAAGAAGGAGAGGCUUCGAAAGGUCAAGGAGGAGCGACCGAUCAAAGAAGAACUGACAGGUGUGGUGAAGUUGGAAGAGGACGUGAAAUGUGAAGAGCCGGCGCCGAAGCGAAGAGCUGUGAUGACCAAGCCAAAGAUCGAAGUGAAGUCCGAGAACACAGACAUGCCCACCUUGGCGGAGAUCGUCGCCCGCCGCGAGACGCCCAGCUGCGCCAUCUCACAGUCGCUCAGCGACGCGGUGGACGCCAUGGUCUCAGCGAAGCGGACGGCGGCGGUGGUCCUGGACGAGGAGCAAGUGCAAGGAGUGCUCACAGAGAAUGACAUCCUUGCUGCACUGGUCGAGGGUACCGAGUGGGAAUGCAAGAUCAUGGACUGGCUGAAGGGUGGAUAUGCCCGGCUGCCAGGCUUCCUGGUUCCCGCCUUGACCUUGUCCUCCAGCUCCAGCGUGGUGGAUGCAGCAGCAGAGAUGGUGACCAUGGUGGAGGACGGCAUGGGAUUUGCCUGUCAUCACCUGCUGGUCCAUUCUAAGGCCGAGGCUCAGCCGCAUCGGAUCUUGUCGGCCUUGGACAUCGCCCGUGGCAUGGUGGACCUCGUCCUCUCCGAGGUGGAGGAUGAGGGCCUGGAGUGUCAAUCCGCGCGGGAGGCCUCGAUGUUCACCGUGGAGCAAGUGAUGAAGGAGCGCCAGACCGUGUCCAGCUGCAAGUUACAGGACUCCAUGCAACAGGCCUUUGAAGUCAUGUACAAGUCGAAACAGAAUUGCGUGCUCAUCGUUGGAGAAGACUUUGAAGAUGGCGAGCCCUGGAGUCAAAUGAUGACUUGACGCCGGAAGAAGAGCAGUGGCAGAAGGAGCACGGCCGUGUCUAUGGCGUCAUCACGGCCGCAGACGCAGUGCGUGCCUUCUCCGAGCACUUGCGAGGAAACACCAGCACAGUGGCUGGAUGGCUGAGAGGUUUGGCCAAGGAGCACAGCCGCGCCAGCGUGCGUUCGGACGUGGCCCUGUCCGAGGCCGCGGAGACGAUGGCGGAACACGAGGUGCACCACCUCUUAGUCCUGGAUGCAAACAGUGGUGAGGUGUCAGGCGUGCUCUCAGCUUUGGAUGUGGUGUGUGCUUUGGGCGCUUCCUACAGGUUUGACUUGUCUUCACCUCGUUUUGUAUAGUUCGCUCGUGGCGCGGAGAAUUUCUCCGAGCCGCUUGGAAUGGGGUGCGCGACGGUUUGGCAUUCUGAGGCCAGCAUUUGAGGCAUUUGUGUGGC